AUGAAACUGCACUACUCUAAAAUAUUAUUAAUUGCUCUUCCAUUAAAUAUAUUGAAACCUAAUAAAAAUAAACCAUCCAUCAUACGACGUCAUACACAAACCAAUAGAUCAUUAUGUGCAUGUGACACACAAUCAUCAAUUUAUGAGAAAGAUGCGGAGAUGAAAUCAGUGAAGGAACAAUUUGAUGAUCGUACCUCACAACGUUUUGAAGAAUACGAAGAACGCAUGAAAGAUAAAAGAGAAAAACGUAAAGAAGAACGUGAUAAAAAUAUACAAAAACUUAUUGAAAAAGAUAAAAUGGACAAAUCAUUAGCAGAAAAAGUAGAAAAAGGUUGUCUUAAAUGUGGGUGUGCGUUAGGAGGUGUUGCAGCAAGUGUUGGAUUAUUAGGAGGAAUAGGUAUAUAUGGUUGGGAAAUCUCUGCUAUUGCUGCGGCCGCUAAAAAAGCGGGUGAUGCGAUAGGGGUGAAUACACUAAUUUAUAAGUUAAAAAACGAAAUAGUUAUAGAGAAAUUAUUUGGUCUUCCAUUGGAAAAUGCCAUUACUCCAAAAACCUACUUUGAUGCGGCUCUAAUGGUUGAUGGUGUCAAACGU